AUUCAUUCAGUUUAAGUAUUGCCGCCAAACGGUCUGCAGCUGUCCGGAAUCCAAGUUCAAAAAUUAUAAACAUUUCGAAAAAAAUCGAACUAAUAGUUCAACUAUCAGAAACUCAUUACAUUAGUUCGUGUCAUAAUUUGUUAGCGCCGCGUUGAGUUGAGUGACAGUAAUUAACAUCACAACUGCUCACGUUUUUUGUUUUUUUUUUUACAACAAAUAAAUAAAUAACCAUACAAAUCAUAUGCUAAUAUUUCCGUCGGUUAAAAUUAACCUAUUCGUCUACAUCUUUGCAUUUACUAUAUUCUUGGUUGUAUUCUUUAUCGGCUUUACGAUAUUUUCAUAUUACUAAAUUGUGCGCUUCACCGCUUUCUAAUCUCUGCGAUAAGCGUGUGCAAUUAGUAGUGUAUAAAAUAAACAAUUGAUAUAUAGAGUUAGUUAAAUAAAAUGACAGCUAAGAAUAUACCAAGACGUCAAGCCAUUCCAGUGCUCUACACUCGAGGCACUCAUUACGAUGUCGGUUUUGAUAUGGGAAGAACUUUUGCCUCGAUUAUCAAGAACUUUUUGCAAAUUUGCAAUCCUUUAAAUGAGUCCUACUUGCCACUGUACAAUAAGGAUGAAGGCAGAAAAGUAUAUAAUGAAACCUUGGAAAGUGUAAAGAAGUCCUUUCCGCAAUACAUUAGAGAACUGGAAGGCAUUGCUGAUGGUGCGCAAGUGGAAUUUCAUAAGCUCUUUCUACUCCAUAUGGAUGAGAUCACAGCAAUUUGUGCAAAUGGAACCGAAGCUGUUGCACCAAUCGGCUGUUCAAGUAUUAUUGUAAACAAUGAGAGCUCGCGUAUAAUCGCCCACACCGAAGAUGCACUGACAGCAACACUAAAUCAUUAUUAUUUUGUGGUGGCCCAUAUUAUUAGUGAUACGCCGCAGGGAAAGCAUAAAGUUAAAGAGGAGCGUUUCAUGUCACUCUGUUAUGCUGGCCAUCUACCCGGCUACACGAUGAACUACAAUCAUCACGGUUUGGUAUUCACAAUAAACACAUUGUCGGCGUUGCAUUUGCGUAGUGGCAAAACACCUCGCCACUUCAUCACACGCGCUCUACUCAGCGCCGAAAAUUUCGAGCAAGCACUUGCUGUGCUCAAGGAUGAGGGUGUCGGCGCCGGUGAUGGUUGUUCCAUAAAUAUGUCUUUCAUAAAUGACGAGUCUGGCAAAUGCUAUAACAUCGAAAUGGCACCUGUGCUGGAAGAUGCCACGAUAUCACAGCUCGAUAUCAAAGAGAUCUGUUGUGGUGGUCACAAUUGUCAUGCUAACAGAUACGAACGCUUGAGCACCAAAGAAGCCAAUCCAUGGUUGUUGGCAUCGAGCCAGUCACGCAUGAAUACCUUCGCCGACUAUCCACCUCCAGCCUGUAAGGAUGAUGUCACACAAAUGUUGGGCGAUUGUAGUGGUGGUGAAUAUUGUGUAUUCAAUGAAAAUGAUUCAUUGGAUGAACUCGUCAAGACAAUUGCUGUGGGUGUUUUUGAUUUAAAUGCAAAAACCAUUGCCUUAUAUUCUGAUAAUCCCAAUAAGACUAAACCACACUGUGUAUUGCCGUUAAUACUCAAAGAGAACUAAAUAUUAUAUGCAUAUGUGUGUGACUAUGCUUAAAAUAUUGUACAUAUAUGUAUGUAUUUAUGUAGAUACCUUUAGAAAUUCAAAUAUAUGUAU